AUGCGCACGAAUCCUACGUUUUACGCCGGUCGCCUCCGCCCGUACUAUCAGUACGAGCCCGUUUCGAGAGGCGAAAGACACCUCCGCGGUCAAGGACCGAGACCACCUUCGAGUGGUCCCGUUCCAACGAGCCAGCCUCGUCGACUGGCGAAGAGACCUGCUCACGCAGUUAAGCGACGUCCUGAAGCGCUGCAGUCAGCUCGUCACGAAGACAAUAAAUAUGGGGUGAUUUCUCAAGUUGCGCGAACGCAAAAGCGGCACAAUCGUUCGAUUGAUCGUACGUUAGGGAAUUGUAAUAAUCCCUUACAAGAUCCUCAAGCCCAUAACGCCCAGUCCGUUCAGGAGCCAAGUCAUCUUGAAACUGUUCCGUUACACGGUCGAGCUCUUGAACAUCAAGCUGAUCCGACCCUCGAGCCGGAUCAGGUGUUCCGACCGCCACCACAUCCUUUGGUGGACUCAAGCGGUGGUCAACGCUUUCUAGUGGAGCGUAUUUUGAACCACCUCGAUUUGAAUGGCUUCCAAACGAGUAACCUCGUCCUCUGA